CUCAUCCACAUGUUAGGUUUGUUUUGAUUCGACUUGAAACAUAUUUUUAAUGAAAAAUGGCAUACGUUGCGCUGAGCGAGGCAGAGAAGACAUUUAUUUUACAUGGCGUUGAGGAGGAUUUCCGCUGCGAUGGUCGUUCGCGCCGCGAUUACCGCCCAAUGGAACUGGAGACUGGCUUGGUCAGCAAUGCAAGUGGGUCGGCACGUCUACGUUUAGCGAACACAGAUAUUCUGGUGGGCGUUAAGACUGAAAUUGAUGUGCCCAAUCCAUUAACGCCCGAGUUUGGAAAACUGGAAUUCUUUGUGGAUUGCUCUGCGAAUGCCACACCAGAAUUUGAGGGUCGCGGUGGCUCAGACUUGGCACAAGAGCUGAUACUUUCCCUGCAGAAUGCUUACGAAUCCCCGUAUGCCUUUGAUUAUCGUACCUUGUGCCUCAUACCGGGUCAGCAAUGUUGGAAGCUUUAUAUAGACAUUUUAAUAUUGGAAUGCGGUGGCAAUUUGCACGAUGCCGUUUCUCUGGCAGCCAAGGCAGCGCUCUAUAAUACUAAGCUGCCCCGGGUAACUGCCACAUUGCUGGAUGCAGGCGUCACGGAUUUGAUUAUAUCGGAUAAUCCCUAUGAUUGCACGCGCAUUGGCAUUGAUGCAGUGCCUCUGCUUGUGACCGUAUGCAAAAUUGGUGACUAUUGUCUGGUGGAUCCGACAGCCGAGGAGGAAGUCUGCAGCACUGUUAGCAUGGUUGUAUCCGUAUCCAUGCGUAACAAUGAAGCUUAUCUAUCUGGCACACACAUGACUGGAGGCGGCUCCAUGCAUAGGGAUACUAUGCUGAAUAGCAUACAGCUUGGUCUCUCCAUGGGUGAGCAGCUGAAUAAUCUCCUCGUGAAGAUGCUCAAGCUGGAGGAGGAGCGCGUGGGGCCCAAAAGGCCCAACACAGUUGGUUUUCUUAAAUAAACGUCUCUUAAUAUUACAAAGUUUAUUGAAUUUAUUCCAUUUGACUAAGAAUUAAAAGGAUUUUCUCUAUUUGCUUAAGGCUUAAUUCAAUAAGAUUACGGCACA